CCGGGCGGAGGCAGGGCAGCGGCGGCGGGCGAGCGGCUUCCAGUCCAAUGCCCGGCAGCCUGGGGCGAGCAGCUACUGCGCCUUCUUGCCGCGGCACGGCGAGCGCCGCCAGCCUCGGAGUUUUCCUGGAGCAGCCUUCGCACCGGGAACACUUUUGGUAGAAGGGGAGCAGGACGAGACCCCGAAAUGACUUACCUCCCGAGGCACGGCUGAAGGGGACUUACUGGAGUGGAAUCGUAGUGGAAUUUGGGUUUGGAGAGGAGUUGCGAACGCUUUUUUUCUUUUUCUUUUUUUUUUAAUCAUUUUUUUUUUCACUCCCGUUCCCUGUUUUCGCCCGUCAUUGGAAAUGAACAAAUUGCAUUUUCAAUUCAGAAAGUAGAAAUAUUAAAUAUUCCAUCCCCUGGGAAGCACAUAUGUAGUAAUGACAAAGGAUUGCAAAGGAGAGAGUGGCUCCAGUUUCCCAGAGAGAUCCCCUUAAAUGGAUUACUAAAUGGGACACACCACCAGCUAGUUCUGUCCUCUAGCUGCCCAGAUAGAUGCACCGAAAAGUGUGAAGUGAAGAAGUAAAGUCUCCCAGCUGAACUACUAUGAGGUCAGAAGCCUUGCUGCUAUAUUUCACACUGCUACACUUUGCUGGGGCUGGUUUCCCAGAAGAUUCUGAGCCAAUCAGUAUUUCGCAUGGCAACUAUACAAGACAGUAUCCGGUGUUUGUGGGUCACAAGCCGGGACGGAACACCACGCAGAGGCACCGGCUGGACAUCCAGCUGGUCACGGUCAUGAACAGAACCCUCUACAUUGCUGCUAGGGACCAUAUUUAUACUGUUGAUAUGGACACAUCACAUACAGAAGAAAUUUAUUUUAGCAAAAAACUGACGUGGAAAUCUAGACAAGCUGAUGUAGACACAUGCAGAAUGAAGGGAAAACAUAAGGAUGAAUGUCAUAAUUUUAUUAAGGUUCUCCUAAAAAGAAAUGAGGAUACAUUGUUUAUCUGUGGAACAAACGCCUUCAACCCUUCUUGCAGGAACUACAAGAUGGAUACACUGGAGUUCCUGGGAGAUGAGUUCAGUGGAAUGGCCAGGUGCCCCUACGAUGCAAAGCAUGCCAACGUUGCGUUGUUCGCGGAGGGAAAGCUGUAUUCUGCCACAGUGACCGACUUCCUUGCGAUAGAUGCAGUCAUAUACCGGAGCCUUGGAGAAAGUCCAACUCUGCGGACAGUGAAACAUGACUCAAAGUGGUUGAAAGAACCAUACUUUGUCCAGGCAGUGGACUACGGCAAUUAUAUUUACUUCUUCUUCCGGGAAAUAGCAGUGGAGUACAACAGCAUGGGAAAGGUAGUUUUCCCGAGGGUGGCUCAGGUUUGCAAAAAUGAUAUGGGAGGAUCUCAGAGAGUGCUGGAAAAACAGUGGACUUCCUUCCUCAAGGCUCGUUUGAACUGCUCAGUUCCUGGCGAUUCACACUUCUACUUCAACAUACUGCAGGCAGUUACAGAUGUUAUCCAUUUCAAUGGCCGGGAUGUUGUUUUAGCAACCUUCUCCACUCCAUAUAACAGCAUCCCUGGCUCUGCAGUCUGUGCCUAUGACAUGGUUGACAUUGCCACUGUAUUCACUGGGAGAUUCAAAGAACAAAAGUCUCCAGACUCCACGUGGACACCGGUUCCUGAUGAAAGAGUGCCCAAACCCAGACCUGGUUGUUGUGCUGGCUCUACAUCAUUAGAAAAAUACGCAACCUCUAGUGAGUUCCCAGAUGACACUCUGAACUUCAUCAAAACACACCCACUGAUGGAUGAGGCUGUGCCUUCCAUUGUCAAUCGGCCCUGGUUCCUGAGAACGAUGGUCAGAUACCGCCUGACCAAAAUUGCUGUUGACUCUGCUGCUGGGCCGUAUCAGAACUACACUGUGGUUUUCUUGGGAUCAGAGAAGGGAAUCAUCCUGAAGUUCUUGGCACGGACAGGAAACAGUGGUUUCCUAAAUGACAGCCUUUUCCUGGAGGAGAUGAACGUUUACAAUCCUGAAAAGUGCAGUUACGAUGGCAUGGAAGACAAGCGUAUUGUGGCUAUGCAGCUCGACAAACCCAGCAGCGCCCUUUAUGUUGCCUUCUCCACCUGUGUCAUCAAGGUUCCCUUGGGGCGGUGUGAGCGUCAUGGCAAAUGCAAAAAGGCCUGCAUAGCAUCCAGAGACCCCUACUGCGGCUGGGUGAAGGAGAGCGGGGCGUGCACACAGCUGGUCCUUGGUGCUAAGCUGGCGUUUGAGCAGGACGUAGAACAUGGCAAUACAGAUGGCCUGGGUGACUGCCAAAAUUCCUUCGUAGCCCUGAAUGACAUUUCAACUGCUUCACCUCAUCAUGAAAUGUCUUACAACACAGUGUAUGGACAUUCCAGUUCACUAGUUCCAAGCACCACCUCUUCCGACUCUUGGGCUCGACAGGGUUAUGAUGCUAGGGGACGCAUGCUGGAUUGGAAGGAUCCGCUUGGUUCAUCCGAAAAUACAGAUCCAUAUGUGGCAGUUUCAUCCCAUAAUCAUCAAGACAAGAAGGGAGUGAUUCGUGAGAGUUACCUGAAGGGUCAUGAUCAACUGGUGCCGGUCACCCUGUUGGCCAUUGCAGUAAUUCUAGCUUUUGUAAUGGGGGCCGUCUUUUCAGGAAUCAUAGUGUACUGUAUCUGUGACCAUCGCCGCAGAGAUGUGGCUGUUGUGCAGAGAAAGGAGAAGGAACUGACCCACUCCCGCCGCGGCUCCAUGAGCAGUGUUACCAAGCUCAGUGGCCUCUUUGGAGAUGCUCAGUCCAAAGAACCAAAGCCUGAAGCUAUCCUCACGCCCUUGAUGCACAAUGGCAAGCUGGCUACACCAGGCAGCGCUACCAAGAUGCUGAUCAAGGCUGACCAGCACCAUCUGGAUCUGGCCGCCCUGCCAACCCCGGAGUCCACCCCAACCCUGCAGCAGAAAAGGAAGCCCAGCCGCGGCAGCAGAGAGUGGGAAAGAAACCAGAACCUCAUCAAUGCCUGCACGAAAGAUAUCCCCCCAAUGGCCUCGCCCGUGAUCCCAACUGACCUGCCACUCAGGGCUUCUCCUAGCCACAUUCCCAGCGUCAUGGUUCUGCCCAUUGCCCAGCAAGGCUACCAACACGAGUAUGUUGACCAGCCAAAAAUGAGUGAUGGGGCUCAGAUGUCUGUGGAGGACCAGAAUGCCACCCUUGAGUACAAAACCAUCAAGGACCAUCUCAGUAGCAAAAGCCCCAGCCAUGGGGUUAACCUGGUGGAAAAUCUUGACAGCAUGCCGCCAAAGGUACCUCAACGGGAAGCCUCGCUCGGGCCCCCGAGCACCUCCCUGUCUCAGAGUGGCCUGAGCAAGCGGCUAGAAAUGCACUCUUCUGCUUACAACGUGGACUACAAGAGAAACUACCCUACAAACUCACUCACAAGAAGUCACCAGGCGUCGACCCUCAAAAGAAACAACACCAACUCCUCUAACUCAUCGCACCUCUCCCGAAAUCAGAGCUUCGGCAGGGGUGACAACCCACCGCCAGCUCCGCAGCGGGUGGACUCCAUACAAGUCCACGCUGCACAGGCACAGGCCAUGACUGUAUCUCGACAGUCGAGCCUCGCCACGUACAAUUCUCUGACCAGGUCAGGGUUGAAACGCACGCCCUCGCUAAAGCCAGAUGUACCUCCCAAACCUUCCUUCGCUCCGCUCUCCACGUCCAUGAAGCCCAAUGACGCGUGUACAUAAUCACAGUGGGGUGGGUGGGGGGAGAACAGCAGUUAAGCAGAAGUUGCCCUUGAAAGCCAGUGUUCUGCAACUGCUCCUCUGAGAAGAUGGUUGUUGCAAGCUGAGGACGUGUUGUUUCUGCUCUCUGGGAAAAGUGGAAUAUUUUUUUAACCCGAGCCAUAUGACCUAUGGUUGAAGGUUUGCAAUUGCAGGACUCGCCCCCACAGCCCUCCAGUUCUUUGCUCAAAGGACUAGCUCUCCAUCACAAACAUUGAGCCAAAAGCACACAGGUGAAAGAUGACUGUGACAUUUCACCCCCCAAACUGCACAGUGCAUUCCUGAACUGGGAAAGAGUGCUCUGGAAAGCAAAACCAGUAAUUAAAAACAUAAUAAAAAUUAAAAUAGAAAAAGAAAAAAAAAAAGGAAAAGAAAAAAGAAAGAAAAAAAGAAUCCAUUGAUAAAGCUAACUCUGACUUAACAAUGGCAGAAGUUUACUAAAUGCAGGUACUGUGAAAUGCCCAUCAGUGUUACAGCCAUUCGGUUACAGCAGUUAUAAUGCCAUGCUGGGCAAACUAUGUCAUAGAUUUCUGCUACCUGUCUCUUUUAAUGAAUAACGUGACUGUUAACGCAAGUAACUCCUCUUAUUUAUUGUUCAACUUUUGUUUUUCCUAAGGAAAUGACUUCCGCAUAUCAUCCUGUGAGCAGUUCUUCAGAGAAGUACCUUGAAAGUUAUACCUAUUUAACGUGAAACCCGUUAACUGGAGUAAUUAAAACUUUUAUUUUUCCAAUAAAUUCACUGAGUUAAUUAAGUUGGAGCUGGAAUUCUGAACUUUGUGCCUGGACUGUCUGAUUAGCUGAAAAAAACAAACAAACAAACAAAAAAAAAAACGGGGAUAUCUAUUUAAGUCUA